UACUGACCCGUCGUUUUGCUGCUGGUCCAAAACAAACUGUUCUUGUAGGAAAUUACAACUGGAGAGUUUCAUUUGGCUCUUAAUACAUCCGAACGAAAGGAGCUGUCAACUCGAUCCUCACAAAGACUGGAAUUAUCUGAGAUUAUCUGUUCUCUUGACAUGAUCUCCAGGGAAGGGCACACGGAAGGGUAGCCGAAGGACGCCGGGCGAGAUGACUUCCGAAGAAAUGUCCACUUCCGUCCUCAGGCCUGUGACUCCGAGGAACGUGGCUUCGGCCCAGCCAGCGGCGGAGGAGAAGGGCGAAAAGGCCUCCGAGGCCGGUGUCGCCAAGGCGCGCGCCAGCAGCCGGGGCAGGCUGAUUGCUCACACCGUCUCACCGUGGCACAACCCCACCCAGGACUCUUCCAGGGGCGAUCUGUCCAGCGUCGUCCCGAGAGCCAGGGGGCAAACAGCGAGCGGUGAGGACCGCAGCGAGAAGCGCUGGGAGGAAACCUUACCGGCUUCCGUCGACGGCGACGGCUCAGGGCAAAGCCGCCAGCAUGACCUUCCUCGGAGCCGGCUCUGUGGAGUCUGCGACCCCGGCGCCGAGGAGGACCUGGGCUGGCAAACUGGAAUUCCUUCUCCCCUGGAAAGGAAGGCGUUCCCCGGAAUUCACCUGGCCACGGAGGACUCACCCAUGGACGCGAGUCCUUCGGGAAAUCAGCCCGGGGUCACGCAGUCCAGCGGGCCUCACCCUGACAGCAGCAUGGCGGUGUUUCAUUUCCGCUACGAAGCUGACAGAACGGUGUCGGAUGCUUUUCACACCCUGUCAGAGAAGUUAAUUUUGGAUGACUGUGCAAACUGUGUCACCCUUCCUGGGGGACAGCAGAGGAAAAGUUACACGGCGUAUACUUGUAAACUGGUGGAACUGACCAAAAACUGUGGUGAGAAGAAUGGGCAGCUGCAGUGUGAUCACUGCAGCUCGCUGCCCGAUAAACACCUUUGCUUUGAGGGCUCCUUCCAGAAGGCCAACGCGGUCUGCUCAGGUCAAGGUGGCUUUUGCAGGGAGGGCCUUACUCACAGUCCUCCUACCAAGACUUGCCUGAACCCUUUGGAGGAUCUCUCUGACAGUUGUGAAGAGGUAGACGAUUUUUUUAAAAGCAAAAAGGAACGGUCCACUUUGUUAGUCAGACGGUUUUGUAAAAACGACAGGGAAGUUAAGAAGUCUGUGUAUACUGGGACAAGAGCCAUCAUGAGAACCCUGCCUUCUGGCCAUAUUGGGCUGGCUGCUUGGAAUUUCAUUGAUCAGAAGAGAGCCGGUCUUUUAUGGCCUUGUGGGAAUGCACUGCAACCUCUGUCAACAGUGGGCAUAAGGCAAAAUGGGAGCCAACGUCUGUCUGAAGCCCAGUGGUGUCUGAUCUACAGUGCAGUGAGAAGAGAAGAAACAGAAGAUACAGUUGGAUCUCUUCUCCAUUGCCCCACACAGCUCCCAAGCUCUGAGGCAGCCCAUGGAACGAUUAGAGCUGGUCUGUGCUUAAAGCAGUGUGGACGAGACCCCAAAUGUGAGUACCGUGCCACCCUCCAAAGGACAUCCAUAGCCCAGUAUAUCACCGGUUCUCUCCUUGAGGCAACCACAUCUUCAGGAGCAAGAAGCAGCCUUCUCAGUACCUUCGGAGGAUCCACUGGGCGAAUAAUGCUGAAAGAACGCCAACCAGGCACCUCUAUGGCCAACUCCAAUCCUGUCCCUUCAAGUUCAGCUGGGAUCAGCAAGGAGCUGAUUGAUCUCCAGCCUCUCAUUCAGUUUCCAGAGGAAGUGGCCAGCAUCUUGACAGAACAGGAGCAGAACAUUUAUCGCAGGGUCCUGCCCAUGGACUACCUCUGUUUCUUAACCCGGGACUUGAGUUCUCCUGAAUGCCAGAGAUCCCUGCCCCGUCUCAAAGCAUCCAUCUCAGAAUCCAUCCUCACGGCUCAGAGAGGAGAGCACAAUGCCCUUGAAGACCUCGUGAUAAGAUUUAAUGAGGUGAGCUCCUGGGUAACAUGGCUGAUCCUCACUGCAGGCUCCAUGGAGGAGAAGCGGGAAGUCUUCUCGUAUUUAGUGCAUGUGGCCAAAUGCUGCUGGAACAUGGGCAACUACAACGCCGUCAUGGAGUUCCUGGCUGGCCUCAGGUCGAGGAAAGUUCUAAAGAUGUGGCAGUUCAUGGACCAGUCUGACAUCGAGACCAUGCGGAGCCUAAAGGAUGCCAUGGCCCAGCAUGAGUCUUCCGUGGAAUACAAGAAGGUAGUGACCCGUGCCAUGCACAUCCCUGGCUGCAAGGUGGUUCCCUUCUGCGGGGUGUUCCUGAAGGAGCUCUGUGAGGUGCUUGAUGGUGCCUCUGGCCUCCUGAAGCUCUGCCCACGGUACAGCUCCCACGAAGAAGCUCUGGAGUUUGUAGCUGAUUACAGUGGACAAGAUAACUUCUUACAACGAGUGGGACAGAAUGGCUUAAAAAAUUCAGAGAAGGAGUCCACAGUCAACAGCAUCUUUCAGAUCAUCCGGAGCUGCAGUCGAAGCUUGGAGAUGGAGGAGGAGGACAGCUCCAGCGAAGGGACCAGCUCUAGGAAAAACUCCCUGAAGGAGAAAACUCGAUGGCAGUUUAUAAUUGGAGAUUUGCUGGAUUCAGAAAAUGACAUCUUUGAAAAGUCCAAAGAAUGCGACCCUCAUGGGUCAGAGGAGUCACAGAAAGCCUUUGACCAUGGGACAGAGCUCAUCCCAUGGUAUGUGCUGUCCAUCCGAGCUGACGUGCACCAGUUCCUUUUGCAGGGGGCCACUGUCAUCCACUAUGACCAGGACACACAUCUCUCAGCCCGCUGCUUUCUCCAGUUGCAGCCUGACAAUAGCACCCUGACCUGGAUGAAGCCUCCCACUGCCUCCCCCGCUGGUACCAGACCCAAGCUUGGGAUGCUUAGUAACAUGGCUGAGCCUGGCAAGCUCCCAUCACUGGGCAACGCUGGGCUGAGUGGCCUGUCGGAGGGAAUCCUGGACCUGUUUUCAGUGAAGGCUGUGUACAUGGGACACCCUGGCAUUGAUAUACACUCGGUGUGUGUCCAGAACAAACUGGGUAGCAUGCUUCUGUCAGAGACUGGCGUGACACUGCUCUAUGGGCUUCAGACCACUGACAAUAGGUUAUUGCACUUUGUGGCACCAAAGCACACAGCUAAAAUGCUUUUCAGUGGAUUGCUGGAACUCACUACAGCUGUGAGAAAGAUAAGGAAGUUCCCUGACCAAAGACAGCAGUGGCUUCGGAAACAGUACAUCAGCCUCUAUCAGGAGGAUGGUCGGUAUGAAGGCCCAACCUUGGCUCACGCUGUGGAGUUGUUUGGUGGCAGACGAUGGAGCACUAGAAACCCCAGCCCUGGGAUGUCAGCAAAGAAUGCUGAGAAGCCAAACAUGCAGAGAAACAAUACCCUGGGCAUAAGCGCCACCAAGAAAAAGAAGAAGAUGCUCAUGAGGGGAGAGAGUGGAGAAGUGACUGAUGAUGAGAUGGCAACUCGCAAGGCCAAACUGUACAGAGAGUGCCGAAGCCGGAGCGGCUCUGAUCCUCAGGACGGUAACGAUCAGGAAGAGUCAGAGGCCAAUGGCAACACUAACCCUCCCAACCCCCUCCAUUCCAGAAGGGCACACUCUUUGACCACGGCUGGCUCCCCCAACUUGGCUACCGGGAUGUCAUCUCCCAUCAGUGCCUGGAGCAGCAGCAGCUGGCAUGGGCGGAUCAAAGGAGGAAUGAAGGGCUUCCAGAGCUUCAUGGUUUCAGACAGUAACAUGAGUUUCGUUGAAUUUGUUGAGCUGUUCAAAUCGUUCAGCGUAAGGAGCCGCAAGGACUUGAAGGACAUCUUUGACAUCUACUCAGUGCCCUGCAAUCGGUCUGCUGCUGAGUCAGGCCCGCUGUACACCAACCUGAUUAUCGAAGAAAACACCAGUGACCUUCAGCCUGACCUAGAUUUGCUGACCAGAAACGUCUCAGACUUGGGGCUGUUCAUCAAGAGUAAACAGCAGCUUUCUGACAACCAGAGGCAAAUAUCUGAUGCUAUUGCCGCCGCAAGCAUUGUGACUAAUGGCACUGGGAUUGAGAGCACAUCCCUGGGCAUAUUUGGGGUUGGCAUACUCCAGCUCAAUGACUUCCUGGUGAAUUGCCAAGGAGAACACUGCACAUAUGAUGAAAUCCUCAGCAUCAUCCAGAAGUUCGAGCCUAGCCUCAGCAUGUGUCAUCAGGGCCUAAUGUCAUUUGAAGGGUUUGCAAGGUUUCUGAUGGAUAAAGAUAAUUUCGCCUCCAAAAAUGAUGAGUCGCGGGAGAACAAGAAAGAACUGCAGCUACCCCUCUCCUACUAUUACAUUGAAUCUUCACACAACACCUACCUCACAGGUCAUCAGCUCAAGGGAGAAUCAUCCGUGGAGCUCUACAGCCAGGUCCUCUUGCAAGGAUGCAGAAGUGUAGAGUUGGACUGCUGGGAUGGAGAUGAUGGGAUGCCCAUUAUUUAUCACGGACAUACACUGACGACCAAGAUCCCCUUCAAGGAAGUAGUGGAAGCCAUUGAUCGCAGUGCCUUCAUCACCUCUGACCUGCCCAUCAUCAUAUCCAUUGAGAACCACUGUUCGUUGCCUCAACAACGAAAAAUGGCAGAAAUUUUCAAGGGUGUGUUUGGAGAAAAGCUUGUGGCUAAAUUCUUAUUUGAGACCGAUUUCUCAGAUGACCCGAUGCUUCCGUCACCUGAUCAACUCAGGAGGAAAGUGCUCCUUAAAAACAAGAAGCUCAAGGCCCAUCAGACGCCAGUUGACAUUCUGAAACAAAAGGCUCAUCAGUUAGCAUCCAUGCAAGCACAGGCUUUCACUGGUGGGAAUGCCAACCCGCCACCUGCCAGUAAUGAGGAAGAAGAAGAUGAAGAGGAUGAAUAUGACUAUGAUUACGAAUCCCUUUCUGAUGACAAUAUCCUAGAAGACAGACCUGAAAACAAAUCAUGUUCUGACAAGCUUCAGUUUGAGUACAAUGAAGAAAUCCCCAAGAGGAUAAAGAAAGCAGAUAACUCUUCCUGCAAUAAGGGAAAGGUAUAUGACAUGGAGCUAGGAGAGGAGUUUUACCUUCCUCAGAACAAAAAGGAAAGCAGGCAGAUCGCACCAGAGCUCUCUGACCUCAUCAUCUACUGCCAGGCUGUAAAAUUCCCAGGCCUGUCAACUCUGAAUUCAUCUGGCUCUAGCAGAGGGAAAGAAAGGAAAAGCAGGAAGUCCAUUUUUGGCAACAAUCCUGGCAGAAUGAGCCCAGGGGAGACAGCAUCAUUUAACAGAACAUCUGGAAAAAGUUUAGGUUCCUGUGAAGGAAUUCGACAAACCUGGGAGGAAGUGUCUCCACUCAGCCCAAGCACAUCCCUCAGCGCUAUCAUUAGGACUCCUAAAUGUUAUCAUAUCUCAUCACUGAACGAAAAUGCCGCCAAACGUCUAUGUCGAAGGUAUUCCCAGAAACUGAUCCAGCACACUGCUUGUCAGCUGCUGAGGACCUACCCUGCAGCGACCCGAAUCGACUCAUCCAAUCCCAACCCCCUCAUGUUCUGGCUCCAUGGGAUACAGCUCGUAGCCCUAAACUACCAGACAGAUGAUCUUCCUUUACAUUUAAAUGCCGCAAUGUUUGAGGCCAAUGGUGGCUGUGGUUAUGUUUUGAAGCCCCCUGUCCUGUGGGAUAAAAGCUGUCCCAUGUACCAGAAGUUUUCUCCACUGGAAAGAGACCUAGACAGCAUGGAUCCUGCUAUCUAUUCCUUAACUAUCAUCUCUGGCCAAAAUGUGUGCCCUAGUAACAGCACAGGAAGUCCAUGCAUUGAAGUUGACAUCUUGGGCACGCCCCUGGACAGCUGCCAUUUCCGCACAAAGCCCAUCCAUCGAAACACUCUGAACCCUAUGUGGAACGAACAGUUUCUCUUCCGGGUUCACUUUGAAGAUCUUGUGUUUCUUCGUUUUGCAGUUGUGGAAAAUAACAGUUCGGCGAUAACGGCUCAGAGAAUCAUUCCGCUCAAAGCUUUAAAACGAGGAUAUCGACAUCUUCAGCUGCGGAACCUCCACAAUGAAAUCUUGGAAAUCUCUAGCUUAUUCAUAAACAGCAGAAGGAUGGAAGAAUGUCCCUCUGGCAGUACCAUGCCAGCCUCUGUGAUGUUUACUUCUGAAGAGAGGAAGUGUUCUCAGACUCACAGGGUCACAGUGCAUGGUGUCCCGGGUCCAGAGCCCUUCGCUGUUUUCACUGUAAGUGGAGGCACCAAGGCAAAGCAGCUCCUUCAACAGAUUUUGGCGCUCAACCAAGACACCAAACUUACUACCACAGACUAUUUUCUGAUGGAAGAGAAGUAUGUUAUAUCUAAGGAAAAGAAUGAGUGCAAGAAACAACCAUUCCAGAGAGCUGUGGGUCCAGAGGAAGAUAUCAUGCAGAUUUUAAACAGCUGGUUCCCAGAAGAAGGCUACGUAGGCAGAAUUGUCCUAAAGCCCCAGCAGGAAACCCUAGAAGAGAAAAGCAUUGUCCAAGAUGACAGAGAGGUGAUCUUGAGCGCGGAGGAGGAGAGUUUCUUUGUCCAAGUGCAUGAUGUCUCCCCAGAGCAACCGCGAACUGUCAUCAAAGCCCCCCGAGUCAGCACCGCACAGGAUGUAAUUCAGCAGACCUUAUGCAAAGCCAAAUAUUCCUACAGCAUCCUCAACAACCCCAACCCAAGUGACUACGUGCUUUUGGAAGAGGUGAUGAAAGACGGACCCAGUAAGAAGUCUUCUGCUCCAAAGUCCUCACAGAGGAUUCUUUUGGACCAAGAAUGUGUGUUUCAAGCCCAAAGUAAAUGGAAAGGUGCAGGGAAGUUCAUCCUUAAGUUAAAGGAACAGGUGCAGGCAUCCCGAGAAGACAAAAGGAGGGGCAUCUCCUUUGCAAGUGAACUCAAGAAACUCACUAAGUCUACUAAGCAACCCCGAGCACUCACAUUGCCUCCUCAGCUUGUGGCCUCAGAAAGUGUCCAAAGCAAGGAGGAGAGGCCUGUGGGUGCUUUGUCCCCCAGUGACACAGUGGGUACUAGCAGUGAGCGAGGGCAGCAGGUUUGACCCAGAUAAAGAUCCUUGACCAGAAGCUAUCAAGAAUGAACGUGGUGGAAAGGAAUAUACUUUACUUCCUCUACAUUUAAACUGGAAAUUGAUGAUUUCUGAACUCCAACCCUCUUCACACUUGAUAUGAGGUUCAUGCAGAGGAAAAGCAAAAUGGCACAGGGCUGCUAACCAACUUCCUGAGGAAUGAAGCAGGAACGGCCAGAGCAUUGCCAUUUUACAGAUGUUACAGUCAGAAAAGCCAUCCCAUAAGCGGAAGGCAAGAAGCUUCAUCUGUAAAGCACCAGGCAGAAAACAUUUUAGGGUCUGGGCUAUAUGGCUUCUGCUCAUUGACUCAGCUCGACAGAUGGAGCGCAAAGACAGCUGCGGACAAUAGGUACAAGAAUGAACAUAACUGAACAAUAAAACUUUAUUUAUGGACACUUAAGUUGGAAUUUCAUAUAAUUUUCACAUGUCACAAAUCUAUCAAGUGUUUCAACCACUUAAAAUUGUAAAAUCUAUUCUUAGUUUAAGGGUCAUACAAAAAACACAUGAAUUUUGGCCCAAAGACCAGCUUGCUGACCAGCUUGGAGAAUUGGGAACAAGAGGCAGAGGUUGGGAAACCUCGAAAACUGGCCAUAGGGUUUACUGAGACGUGGAAGUCUAGGGGCAUUGGAAAUGUAAAUAUGUGUUGUAAGAUUUGUUACCAAGUAUUCAAAUUAGUUCCUAUACUGUGUACCACGGUGCACUCUUUAGGCCUUUCUGCAAAUAGAAAAGUUCUUUUUUUUAAAACGAUUAUCCAUAUGCCUACAGAUUGGUCCAUUUUCAGUUCUCAUAAAAUGAAUUUAGAAUAUUGUACAAUUCUUGAUGUCUUAAUAAGAAGCCUAAUCAUUUUUUAAGAGCAAAAGCAGACUGAGUUGAUGUUUAAAGUAGAUUUAUUUAUUUUGCAAUGUUUGUACUGACACUGUACUUGUGUAUUUAUUAGACAUAGCUUUCUUGGUAUUGCUAUGGGUGAUAAGCAUUACUGGUUCAAUCUAUUUCAAGAUAUCCUAAAAAUAAAUCAUAUGAACAUGAGAAGUGGGCCAGAUAUCCAGUGUAACACUGUCAUCUUCAUUUCUGGUUUACUGAAGAGCUGCGGAUCACACUUGGCAUUUGAUGUAAAUUACUUUAAAAUCAUACUUCACAAAGCAAUCGGCUAAGUGUGAUAAAUUCUUCUGAUUUUUUUGAAUGAAGUAAAUUGUUACUUAUCAGACUGAAAUACA